GAAGACAAAAUACAACAACUAUCACUUAAAUCUACAAUACUACUCCAUAUCUCAUAAUGGCGUUCGAUAAUCUCCCCGAAAACCUCAGCUUUCUCACCGAUGCUGCUCAUCUACUCAUAAAAACAGCACCCGAGACUUCGGCAUACCUAAUGGCGCAACGAGACUCGCUGAUGUUUCAUAGUGACAUAGAGCGAUCAGAUAUGCAAAGACAGCACGUAUGCGGCGCUUGUGGGCAUAUCAUGAUUUCGGGCCAAGGAAGCGAACUAAAGUUAGAAGCUGACAAAGCUAUCAAAAGAAAGAAAAGAUCAAAAGGGAUAAAUACUCCUAAGAACCUCGACGAGAAGAAAGCGCCAGCUCCUGGAUGUCGAAAGCGGUUUACCUGUGGGAUGUGUGGUCAAUACACCAAUAUCUCCAUUCCUCCAGCAGCACCUAUAUCUAGGCGUCGCCACUCAAAACUAACCAAAUCUCUACCUCUUCAUGCUUCUCAUUUGAACAAGCCCGCCCCUGUUUCCGAACCGGUAAAAGCUUCAGCAAAUGCUAGCAGUAAGAAAAGAGCGAAGAGCAGGAAGCAAGGUCUUCAAGCUUUACUUCAGCAGGCUCAAGCCUCUGCAUCUAAGCCGCAAAAUGGACUUGGUCUGAGCCUGAGUGAUUUCAUGUUGAAGUGAAGUUCAAUGCUUUCUCUACCAACAUGGAGAUAUUGAAAAUGAUACGUACCUGGGUCUUUAGGUACAUUGCUUACGGAAGUCGCGACGAAAUUGGAGAGUUCUCGACCUUUCUAACAGGCGCUAGCGAUCACUAGCUCCCGGGAGAUUGUGGUGCUUCCUGCCACUGAUAAGCCUGAUAUGUCAUGACCCCGCGCUACCGCGACAAUUGCCCCUCCAAAAAUUUUGAGUCAAAC